AUGCGAAUGCCUCGUCACGAUCCCCCGCUCUGCUCCUGGAGAUCCCCGGUCCAAGAAGACCUGGACCGGCUUGUCGCUCGGGGAGGCGCAGCGCACGCAGCGCACCUCGGACGCGCGCGGCGUAGAAAAGCAACGAGUCCAGCUGCAAGUUGGAGGGUUCGUGACGGUGGUGCUCAAAGCUGCCAAGCUGCGCGAGGAGGCCCAGACCAUCCACGAAGGCAAGGACCUGCCCGAAGUCCGCAAAAAACGCGACCCGUGGACCAGGCCGAGAACGAGGUGGAGAUGCUCGCUUUCUUGCUGGAAGAGGCGGACUCUUCUGAAGCCGAAGUUCUCCUUGAGAUGGAGGCACAGCUGCAAGAGCCCAAAGCACCCCUGGUGGCCGCACACCUCCGUGCUCAGAUCGCAGAGCUUCAGGGCAGGCAGCGGUCUCUUAGCCCACCGGAUCGUGAGGGUCAUGGCGAUGGAGAUGAGUCCUCAAGAGACUGGGCGCCAAUGCUCGCGUUCCUGCUUGGUCCCAGCGCCACCUUCAGGUACGUGUCUGGUGGUCCCCUCAACCAGCGGAGAUCUCUGCGACGACGUUCACUCCAACUUCUCUGCUGGUUCGCAUCAUGGAAGGUCUGGCUUGAAAAGCGCCUUGCGGCCUAUGCCGCGUACUUCUGGUACUGGGAGCUCCACAGCCUCGAGCCUCCUGAAAAUCGGAGUGCUCGAAGGAAGCAUCUGAUGCAGCAGGCCAUGGCAGAGCAGGCAGCGGAAGAGAAGCAAGCUCAGAAAGCGGGAGCUGAACCAAAGGAGAGCGCCGAAGUUGCAAGCUCUGCAAAGCAGCCAGAGAAGGAGCAGAGAACCGCGACGCCCGAAGCCCCGAAGCCGGAGGAGACACCGGAGGACACCAAGGAGCCCGAGGAGUCCAAGGACUCAUCGGAGCCCAGAGAGGAGGCCGAGUUGACUCCUCUGCAGCAGGAGCACCUGAAGAACUUAGCCAAGCUUCUCGAGGAGAUGCAGGCAUUGCAGGGCAUGACUCCAGAUCCUGCUGCAGAGGGAUGA